UCUUCUGGGAAUCUCCAUACUCUGGAAACACAGUGAGUUAGCACCACCACCAGGAAUUGGCCUCUCAGCUCUGUGCCUGUUUCCAAUCAGGCUGGAAUAAGUCUCCUUAUAUUUGUAAGCUCGGCCCUCCCCUGGAAUCUAAAGCCUCCUUAGUCUUCUGAGUCAGCCUGAAAGGGACAGGCCGAUCUACUGUAUGGGCUCUGGAACAUGUCACUGGAAGAGAGCCAUCAAGCAUCCUGAGGUACUGAGAAUACCUUAAUAUCCUGGAGAGGGUAGUUGGGACUGCCAGUGCAACCUCACCCUCGCCAGUCACCUCUCCUCAGUUCCAGCUAUGAGUUCCUGCAACUUUACACAUUCCACCUUUGUGCUUAUCGGUAUCCCAGGACUAGAGGAAGCCCAUUUCUGGUUUGGCUUCCCCCUCCUUUCCAUGUAUGUCGUGGCAGUAUUUGGAAAUUGCAUUGUGGUCUUCAUCGUAAGAACGGAACGCAGCCUGCACACUCCAAUGUACCUCUUUCUCUGCAUGCUGGCAGCCAUUGACCUGGCCUUAUCCACAUCCACCAUGCCUAAGAUACUUGCCCUUUUCUGGUUUGAUUCCCGAGAGAUUAGCUAUGAGGCCUGCCUUACCCAGAUGUUCUUUAUUCAUGCCCUCUCAGCCAUUGAAUCCACCAUCCUACUGGCCAUGGCCUUUGACCGUUAUGUGGCCAUCUGCCACCCACUGCGCCAUGCUGCUGUGUUCAACAAUACAGUAACAACCCAGAUUGGCAUUGUGGCUGUGGUCCGUGGAUCCCUCUUCUUUUUCCCAUUGCCUCUGCUCAUCAAGAGACUGGCCUUCUGCCACUCCAAUGUGCUCUCACACUCCUAUUGUGUGCACCAGGAUGUGAUGAAGUUGGCCUAUGCAGACACAUUGCCCAAUGUGGUAUACGGUCUCACUGCCAUUCUGCUGGUCAUGGGUGUGGAUGUAAUGUUCAUCUCCUUAUCAUACUUUCUGAUACUACGAACGGUGCUGCAACUGCCUUCCAAGUCAGAGCGGGCCAAGGCCUUUGGGACAUGUGUGUCACACAUUGGUGUGGUACUUGCCUUCUACGUGCCACUUAUUGGCCUCUCGGUGGUGCACCGCUUUGGAAACAGCCUUCAUCCCAUUGUACAUGUUGUCAUGGGUGACAUCUACCUGCUGCUGCCUCCUGUCAUCAAUCCCAUCAUCUAUGGUGCCAAAACCAAACAUAUCAGAAUGCGAGUGCUAGCUAUGUUCAAGAUCAGCUGUGACAAGGACCUUCAGGCUGUGGGAGGCAAGUGAUCCUUAGCAUUAACUUCCCCGUAUCUUCAAUGGCUUGACAAACAUAAUUAUUUCUAACACUUGCUUGGUUCCAGUUGCCCACAAGCACAUCAGUGCUUUUCAAUGGCUGGAAUAAUCAACUAAAAUAUGAUCCAUCUACUUAGAAGACUAUUAUGUGGAAUAAUACAUAUUAAUGGAGUAUUAGGUGAUUUAAAGACAACUAUAAAACCAAACGUGCUUAUAAUGUUAAGAAAAACAAUAAAGAUACUUGAUUGAAGCCAAGUUGAAAAAUAGCAUAUGCCUUGGAGGAAAUGUCCUCAGAUUUCUAAUGAUUUUGUGUUGUCUCU